CCCUCUCUGUGUAUCACUCUGUGUGUCUCUAUGUCUCUUUCUUUCUCUCUCUGUAUAUGUGUGUGUGUGUGUGUGUGUGUCUCCCCCCUCCCUUCAGGUGACCGUCCUCCUCCUCCUGUGGCUGAGCCGGGAGCGUUCGCAUGUGCAGGGAGACACUCCUUAAGCGAGCAACAAAGCACAGCAAAGGGUCUCAUUCUUGGAGCCUUUGCCAGCGACCGUGAUGAUGAACCUUCUCAGUUGUCUGAUGCAGGAGAGGCUUUUGACAAACAAGUCAAUGGGAAGCUGAAGGAGUUACUGUUCCUUUCUGGACCACCUCUGAAGAAAGGGAAGACCCGCAUCUUUCAUGGUUUGCAUCAGGCCUUUCCAAAUGUAGUAGUUGUUGGCCUGGGAAAGAAAGCAAUGGGAAUGAACAUAGAUGAAAACUGGAAUGAAGACAAGGAAAACAUACGGGCAGCUGUGGCAGCUGGAUGCAGGCAGCUGCAGGACCUAGAACUCCCUUGUGUUGAAGUGGACCCUUGUGGAGAUGCUCAGGCUGCAGCUGAAGGGGCUGCCCUCAGCAUCUUUGAAUAUGAGGAGCUGAAGCAAAAAAAGAAACCCACCCUUGAAAUUCAAUUACAUGGCAGUGACGGAAUUGAUGCCUGGCAGAAAGGGAUUCGCUAUGCAGAAGGCCAGAACCUGGCCAGAUAUCUUAUGGAAGGCCCUGCAAACCAUAUCACACCAACCAAAUUUGCUACCAUCAUUGAGGACAAAUUGAAAAGCUUCAGUAGCAACGUGACUGUUCAUAAAAGAGAUAAAUCUUGGAUACAGGAGCAAGCAAUGGGCUCAUUUUGGAGUGUGGCAAAAGGCUCGGAUGAACCCCCAGUCUUUUUGGAAGUCCACUACCAAGGCAGCAGCAACCCCAAAGAAGCUCCAUUGGUAUUUGUUGGAAAGGGGAUAACUUUUGAUAGUGGUGGCAUUUCCAUCAAGCCUUCAGCCAAUAUGGAUGCCAUGAGAGCAGAUAUGGGAGGAGCAGCCACCAUUUUUUCUGCUAUUGUCACAGCUGCAGAGUUGGCAUUACCCAUUAAUCUAAUUGGUCUGGCCCCCCUUUGUGAAAACUUGCCCAGUGGGAGGGCAAAUAAACCCGGAGAUGUUGUGACAGCCAUGAAUGGAAAAACGAUUCAGAUUGACAAUACAGAUGCAGAGGGAAGAUUGGUGUUGGCUGAUGCUCUUCACUAUGCACACCGUUUUAAUCCGAGGGCAAUUUUAGAUGCUGCAACAUUAACAGGUGCCAUGGAUGUAGCAUUAGGAUCAGCAGCUACUGGAGUUUUUACAAAUUCACAGAAGCUGUGGCAUUACCUGUAUGAGGCUAGCAUUCUGACUGGGGAUCGAGUUUGGAGAAUGCCUCUCUUUGAACAUUACACAAAGCAAAUGACAGACUGCCACCUAGCAGAUAUCAAUAACAUUGGAAAAUACAGGUCUGGUGGUGCAUGCACAGCUGCUGCAUUCCUGAAAGAAUUUGUGACUGCUCCUCACUGGGCUCAUUUAGAUAUUGCUGGUGUAAUGGAGAAUAAAGAUGAGGUUCCAUAUCUGCGAAAAGGCAUGGCUGGAAGGCCAACACGUACCCUGGUUGAAUUUAUUACUCAACUGGCCCUAGACAAGCAAAGCUUCUAGAAAGCAGCUUUAUGAGGCUCACCACUGGCUUUAAGAAUGGUUAAUUUGAAUCUGGAAUCAGCCAGUGUACAGAUAAAAUUCCAAAGGGCCAUCCAUCUUUUACUUUAAUUUUGGGAGGCUACUUUGAAAUGAUCCAAGCGAUGAACUAUAAAUUCAUUCCAUAGAAUUCUACUAAAUCACAUUCACUUUUUAUAAUCUUCAUUCCAGGAGCCUGUCCUAUAUUUGGUAUCCAAAGAGUGAUCAGUCUAAACCAACAGGAGUUAUAAUAUGGAUUGAAUAAUAAAUACUCAGCUAUUACAUACAAUAAAUAUAUCUUCUGACA